AUGGGCCUCGAGCGUAAGUUCAACCGUCGUUAUGUGGAGAAAUCGGGACAGUUGAAGGAAAAUAAAAUCACCAUUGAAAAGAAUAGGUACCCCAAAAACAAAAAGAACAAUGAUGUUGACAUCACUGUGGAGUCGCCAGAGUUUCAAUUGCUCGUGAAGCUCUUUGUUCCAUCAAAACUACUUAUUCAUAAUAACAAAGUAUCCAGAAAGCAGCUUUCCACAUAUCUACCUCCGAUUAUUGAGAGUGAUUCCUUUUCCUCUCUCAAUUUUGAGCUUCAUAUUUUCUUAAGCUCUAUUGUUACUUCUUACGUUACUUCGUGGUACUUUCUGAAGCUAAACACCGAAGAUUUCGAGUUUGUGGGAAGUGUAUACAAUGUGCUAUGUGCUUUUAUACGGGAUUUCUCUCGAAGAGUGAGUUCCGUCGUUGAGCUGACCCGAUUGUUGAAUUUGCUCAAUAGAUGUGCAUUCAUACUCGAUGACCACAUUGAACGAACGAAAUUGGACGAUGGACUUCCUAGAUUUAUAAGGCAGGACCUAAUGAAGAGGGAGGCGUCCAUAUCAUCUAGAGAUGAGUUGUCGACAGAAAGAAUAAUAGAUGACCAUCUUCAGAAAAGUCAUGUCAUUUUUUUGACCGACAAAAGGACUGAGCCCGGUACAAGCGAUGAAAGAAGAACAAACCGUCUUAAAUAUUUGAGAUUGGUGGUUAAAAAUAUAAUGAGUGCUUCAUUCAAGGCUGAGGAUUUGGAUGUCUCAAAAACUCCGAUUUCAUCUACGAUAGCCAUGAAUUUGGUAACAUCAGUGUUGGCUGAUUUGGUACUAGACAGACUUCUUUACAAAAUGUCUUCCCCCCAGUUCCUCUUGCAAACUGUGAUUGGAAAAAUUGGAACGAAAAUCCGAGCAGCGAUGCUGUCCCGAAGUAUCCCGUAUAAGAACUCCAUGUAUAAACGUCUCACAAGCUCAGUUUCUUCGAUCUAUCUCAAUGCAUGUGCUUUAUGGACUUUUGGCAUCGAUGAUAAAAAGGCCGAACUUGACCAGGUCCCACCAAUAUUGUUUUCUCCAGUUUUAUCUUUGAUUAAUCACAUUACUAAUUUAAGCCUGCGCAAACCAAUAUGGACUGGAUUUUUGAGUAUUUUCCGCUCGGCAAUAAGUGCAAGCUCUCUAUUGACCGAGAAAGUGGAACGCUUUGUUGCAAAGUAUCUAAUGAAUCAGAUUAGACACGGGGACUUUCUACAAGACGAAACACAGGCUAGCUUAGUAGCGAUGAUCAGGGAGAUUGUGUUUGAUAAUGGUGAAGUAAAAGAGGAAACCAAUCUCAACGAAGGAGAAAACCUUUCGGAACUUACAGGGCUCUGGUAUGACCUUUUAUGUUCAAAAGAAUCGUCGUCAAGGUUGCCCAUGGGCGUCUCCCUUUGGUGGCUUAGGUACAGAAAUGAGUCUGCACAAGAAUUGAAGAGAGAUGUGGAAGACUUCUUGCGCAUUUUUGAUUUGGCCAACAAAGACCCAAAGGGGCCUUAUUCGGAGGAGAGUAAAAUUAACCAGCUUCUAGUGAUACGACUCUUUGAUUCUGUCAUCCAAAGUCUUUAUCCAGAGUUGGUGGAAAAGAUUGAUAUAAUGAGCUAG